CUCAUGAGCCGGUGGUUCCCUUCCAGAUGUCCAACAUCACAGUCACAUACAGAGAUGGCCGAGUGGCACAGCUGGAGCAGGUGUACAUCCGUGGCAGCAAGAUCCGCUUUCUGAUUUUGCCUGACAUGCUGAAAAACGCACCCAUGUUAAAGAGCAUGAAAAAUAAAAACCAAGGCUCGGGGGCCGGUCGGGGAAAGGCUGCUAUUCUGAAGGCCCAAGUGGCCGCAAGAGGGAGAGGACGUGGAAUGGGACGUGGAAACAUCUUCCAGAAGCGAAGAUAAAUUUAUCUGUUGGACAGAACUUUGCCCUUAUUUUUUUCUUUUAGGUUAUCUGGGUCAGGGGGUGUGUGCGUAUGUAUAUGUCCUAGGUUAUCUUUUGACAUCUUUUUCUUUAGAUCUGGGUAAAUGUUAAACUAAAUAAAUGUGGUGGGUUUUUUUCUUUUUGAGAAUAUAA